UGUUCCCGCACUUCGACGGCCCCUUCUCGAUCGCGAAACCCUAAUUAUUCCAAAGUUGUUGCGUCGCAAACGAUGGCGAGGACGAAGCAGACCGCUCGGAAGUCGACCGGGGGGAAAGCCCCGAGAAAGCAGCUGGCGACGAAAGCGGCGCGGAAGUCGGCGCCGGCAACUGGCGGGGUGAAGAAGCCGCAUCGGUUCCGGCCGGGAACGGUGGCGCUGCGGGAGAUCCGCAAGUACCAGAAAAGCACGGAGCUGCUCAUCCGCAAGCUGCCGUUCCAGCGGCUGGUGCGGGAGAUCGCGCAGGACUUCAAGACGGAUCUCCGGUUCCAGAGCUCCGCCGUGGCGGCACUUCAGGAGGCGGCGGAGGCGUACCUGGUGGGGCUCUUCGAGGACACCAACCUCUGCGCCAUCCACGCCAAGCGGGUUACCAUAAUGCCCAAGGACAUCCAGUUGGCUCGCCGGAUCCGCGGGGAGAGGGCUUGAUGGCCGGCCGAGUUGGUAAAGAACAAUGGGAAUGUGUCUUUGGCAUGGGCGUUUUGUUAUGCAAACAUCAUAUACAUAUAUAGCCUUGUGAGUGUCGGGCGGUAUGGAUUUGGACUUUGCUUUAGUAAACAACACGAUGGAAAUGUUUCGGCUUA